AUGAGCGUGGAAGAGGAAGAGGGAGCCAGAGCAAUGGAUCAGGCCGCGAAGGGGCCAGGGAGGCUGCUGGAGCUUUGGGGGAACGCGCACGGACUCGGAUAUUCAUUACAGGGUUCCCCAGCCGGACAUUCGUAUUUAACCGGAUCGUAUCGAUGUUGGCCUAGCUAUUGGCCUGGGCAAUGUCUGGAGAUUUCCAUAUCUCUGUUACAAGAACGGCGGCGGGGCAUUUUUAAUCCCAUAUUUCUUGACGCUGUUUCUCGCUGGGAUACCAAUGUUCUUUAUGGAGCUAGCACUCGGCCAAAUGCUCACCGUUGGCGGUCUCGGUGUCUUUAAAAUAGCGCCACUUUUCAAGGGUAUCGGAUAUGCCGCCGCUGUCAUGUCCUGUUGGAUGAACGUCUAUUACAUUGUCAUUCUCGCUUGGGCUAUCUUCUACUUCUUCAUGUCGAUGCGCAGUGAAUUACCGUGGGGCAGCUGCAAUAAUUAUUGGAACACGAAGAACUGCGUGAAUCCCUACGACAGGGAUUCGCUGCUCUGUUGGAAUCAAGUUACUAAACAUCACAAUUACGUGAAAGUAUGUUCGGUGAACGACGUCAAUAUGACAAUCACAGAGCUUACCGAUCCGGUUAAAGAAUUUUGGGAACGUCGAGCACUUCAGAUCAGCGAAGGCGUGGAGUACGUGGGGAAUAUCCGCUGGGAACUAGCUGGUACUCUACUUCUGGUUUGGAUCCUUUGCUACUUUUGUAUUUGGAAAGGUGUUAAGUGGACUGGAAAGGUGGUGUACUUUACAUCGUUGUUCCCGUAUGUUCUAUUAACGAUUCUUCUGAUUCGCGGCAUCACUUUACCUGGCGCCAUGGAGGGCAUUCGAUUUUAUAUCAGUCCAAAUCUUUCUAAACUAAAAGAAUCCGAGGUAUGGAUAGACGCUGUUACUCAAAUUUUCUUCUCAUACGGACUAGGUUUGGGUACAUUAGUGGCCCUCGGUAGUUACAAUAAAUUCACAAAUAACGUUUACAAAGACGCACUAAUCGUUUGUUCGGUCAACUCGUCGACGAGCAUGUUCGCUGGUUUCGUCAUAUUUUCCGUGGUUGGCUUCAUGGCUCACGAACAGCAAAAGCCUGUCGCGGAAGUCGCCGCUUCUGGUCCAGGAUUGGCUUUCUUAGCUUAUCCUUCUGCGGUUCUUCAGCUUCCUGGAGCGCCCCUUUGGUCUUGUCUCUUCUUCUUCAUGCUUCUUCUCAUAGGUUUAGAUUCUCAGUUUUGUACCAUGGAAGGAUUUAUCACUGCUAUGGUGAGUAAUAUUCUGUAA